GUGUAAAUGGAUACAUGACAUAGUUGUUUGGGAAACGAUCUUCGGGAAAACCCACCAUAGCUAAAACGUAUCGGACUGGGAUUCUACAUUAGCCCGCUGAAGGUGUCCUAAGGCGUCGGCCGCCAUGGAAGCGGUCCCGCGGAUGCCGAUGAUCUGGCUGGAUCUGAAAGAGGCUGGGGACUUCCAGUUUAGUCCGUCCGUGAAGCAGUUCAUCUUGAAGAACUAUGGAGAGAAUCCAGACAACUACAAUGAACAGCUGAAGAAACUGGAGACCCUGCGGCAGAGUGCUGUGAACGUGACCAGAGACUUCGAGGGUUGCAGCACCCUGAGGAAGUACUUCGGUCAGCUGCAUUACCUGCAGAGCCGAGUGCCGCUGGGGGGAGGCCAGGAGGCCGCCGUGCCCAUCUCAUGGACGGAAAUUUUCUCCGGAAAAACAGUCACCCAUAGUGACAUCAGCUAUGAGCAGGCAUGCAUCCUUUACAAUCUGGGAGCUCUGCACUCCAUGUUAGGAGCCAUGGAUAACAGGGUUUCAGAGGAGGGGAUGAAGGUGUCCUGCACACACUUCCAGUGCUCCGCCGGAGCGUUCUCAUACCUAAGGGACCAUUUCAGUCACAACUACAGCGUGGACAUGAGCCACCAGAUUCUUAACCUCAACAUCAACCUCAUGCUGGGCCAGGCUCAGGAGUGUCUUUUAGAGAAAUCUAUGUUGGACAACAGGAAAAGUUUCCUGGUCGCUCGGAUCAGUGCUCAGGUAGUGGAUUAUUAUAAAGAGGCCUGCAGGGCUCUGGAGAACUCUGAGACAGCCUCCAUGCUGGGAAAGAUCCAGAAAGACUGGAAGAAACUGGUUCAGAUGAAGAUUUACUACUUUGCUGCUAUUGCACAUCUUCAUAUGGGAAAACAGGCAGAGGAGCAGCAGAAAUAUGGAGAACGGUUGGCGUAUCUGCAGAGCUCCUUGGAUAAACUCAGUGAAGCAAUCAAGCUAGCUAAGGGUCAACCUGACAGCGUGCAAGAGGCCUUGAAAUUCACCAUGGACGUCAUUGGUGGAAAGUUUAAUUCUGCCAAAAAGGACAACGACUUUAUUUAUCAUGAGACCGUUCCCUCCCUGGAGACUCUAGCUUCGGUUAAAGGGGCUCCGUUGGUGAAAGCUCUGCCGGUCAAUCCCACGGACCCCAGUGUCACUGGACCAGAUCUGUUUUCUAAACUGGUGCCCAUGGCUGCCCACGAGGCCUCUUCUCUCUACAGCGAGGAGAAAGCCAAGCUGCUGAGGGACAUCAUGGCCAAGAUUGACGGCAAGAAUGAAACCUUACAGCAGUUUAUGGACUCUUUGGGCUUGGAGCCAGAAUCUGUUGACAACCUUGACAUGUACAACCACAUCCCUCCGGUUCUGAUGGAGAAGUGUGCUGCUCUCAGCGUCCGGCCAGACACCGUGAAGAGCCUCAUUCAGUCCAUGCAGGUUCUCUCGGGAGUCUUUACCGAUGUGGAAUCUUCGCUGAAGGAGAUCCGAGAUGUGCUGGAAGAGGACGAAGGGGGCGAGCGAGCCCUUCAGGAAGCAUGCGGUCCCACUGCAGCUGAGAUUCAUCCGGCUGGGCAGAGCCAAGCUCUGGCUGAGAUUCAGAGGGACCUUGAGAAGUACAUGGAGGCCCAUGAGAAGGCCAGUUUUACCAACACAGAGCUACACAGGGCAAUGAACCUGCACAUCAGCAACCUGCGCCUGCUGGGGGGGCCAUUGGAAAGUCUCAGAGAGGCCUUGCCAAGACCGCAGCUCAGCGAAGAGGAAAUGGCGGGACUGCAGCGUAUGAAGCGGAUCCUUGGAAAGGUUCAGGAGAUGAGGGAGCAAAGGGGUUCUUUGGAGAAACAGCUCCGUGACCUCAUUCAGACCGACGACAUCACCUCUACUCUUGUUACCACAGACAGAGCAGACAUGAAGCGUAUAUUUGAGGAGCAGCUGAAGAAGUAUGAGCAGGUAAAGGUCUACAUCGACCAGAACCUGUCGGCACAGGAAAAUAUCCUGAAGGCCCUGACCGAUGCGAACGUUCAGUACGCAUCCGUACGCAAGGGCCUAAACCAGACAGAGCAGCAGUGGAACAGCACGGUCCAGGGACUGGUUGGCUCAUACGAAGCCUACGAAGACCUGAUGAAGAAGUCCCAGGAGGGCAAGGAGUUCUACGAUGACCUGGAGACCAAGGCGUCACGUUUGCUGGACAAAGCCAAUACCCUGUGUCAGACCAGGGCAGAGGAGAGGAAGCCCCACUUGGAAAAAGAUAAAAGGCCUCCAGCGCGGCCCACAGCUGCUAAGCCCUCCCUGAAGCCCAGAGGGUCUGAUGUAGACUCGACUUCCUCUAGCCUUGAGGAUCCAGAGCUGGCCCAGCUCAAUGCAGCCAUCAUGGCUUUAGGGGGCGACCUACCUGAGGACCUUCGGAGCCUCCCCCCUGACAUUCCUUCCCUCCCCUCUGCUGCUGGUCGCCUGCCUGGCACUGGAGGCGGCUCUCUGCCUUGGCCGGGCGCUCCUGCUGCAGGCCAUCCUCACUUCCCUCCCAACCUUCCACCUCCUGAGCUCCUGGCAAGAAUUGCACAGUUUCCUACUUCAGGGGCUCUACCUGCACAAGGCCCCCUGCCACGCAUGCCUCACCCACAGAUGGCUCAUCAUAGGCCACCACAAAUGCCCCCCCAGCCAGUUGUGUCUGGUUAUCGGGCUCCAUCUCCUCAGGCUCCUCAACAAGGCCUUGUGGCCCCGGUUCCCGUCCGCCCCUCCACCACCACUGUGGACAGCAUUCAGGCUCCUAUCCCGAGCUACACCCCCACGCCACACCUUCCUGUCCCUCCCCCUGCCUCAACCGGGUACUCUGUAGCUCAGAUUGGAGCAUACCCCCACAUGAUGCCUCACUCAGGAGCACAUGUUCAGGUCCCAGGUCAGGCCCCUUCCCCUCAAUCACAGCAGCAGAAGCAUCCACAGCAGUACCCACCGCCUAUGGGCCAACCUUUUCCUCAGGGGUACCAGUCUGGACCAAGGGCCCCUCCUGGUCCUUCUAUCCCAACUCAGCAAGUUUACACCCCUGGGUAUAUUCCAUCUCAGCCUCCAAAUUAUCAGCAGGUUUUUCCAGGUCCGCUUCAGCAACAUCAACAGAACGGUUUUCCUCCCCGACCUCAGGUACCUCAAGGCUACCAGAUUCCACAAAACUUUGUACCCCAGCAGCAACCUCGGAUGAUGCCAGGCUCUGUCCCUGGGCCCCCCCAGGCCGCACCUCCUCCAUCUUCAACUUCUCACCCUGCACCUCCUUUGUCUGCCCCCUAUUCGCCAUACCCCAACCAACAGAUGCCCUCUGGACUCCCCCACCAACAGAUGCCGCAGCAUCAACCAAUCCCAGUCCCUCCCAGUGCCCAGCAUGUUCUUCCACACCCACAGAUGCAAAUGCCAGGUGUUCACAGAGUGCAGUUGCCGCCAACAAGUCAAACAAACCCACCGGUGUCACAUAACUACAUUCCCCCAGCUGGUCGGGCCCUUCCCCCCACCAUGCAUCCUCAGAUGCCGCCUCCAUCUCAGCCUCUUCUACCGUCUGGUCCCCAGAUCAACCUGCCCAGAGGACCCGGGCCCCAGAUUCCUCAGAGUACUUUAGCUGCACAGCAUCAGCCCAUACCUGGUCAGCCUUCAGGGCAUCCCAUGCAGAUGCCCAACCAACCGCAGCCUCACCCUGGGGGGGCUUGCUACCCAGGGGGAGCUCUGAUGAUGCCUCAGCAGCCUUUGGCACCACAGCCCACAGCUCUCCAACAACCCCCGGUUUCUCUUCCUAUGAGCCACGCCCAACCUCCUAACCUCUACCCCUCAGCAUCAGGGGCCAGUGUGCCCCCAGUUGGCCCCCAGCAGCCCGCUGGAGUCGCCCCCCUCUCCCCUGCAGCUCCCCACAUGAUCGCUCAGUGUCCUGGGGGCCCCGCAUUAGUCCAGCCAACCGCCACUGUUGCCCCUUCGCCUUCCCCCUCCCCGUCCCCGUCUCCAGGCCCAGCCUCUCUGGGUCUGACCCCUCACCCAACAGCUCCCACCCCCGGAGGCGCAGCCCCACCCAGUCUUUCUACUCCGUCUGUCGUUUCUCCAUCCACAUCUCUGUUUCAACGGCAAAACUCAAGUACAGACGAUCUCCUGUCCUCCAGCCCAGAGAGCCAACACGGAGGCACCAAGGCCCCCACCAAUGUCCUCCAGCCCACCAAAGCAGACCCCCAGGAUGGGGAACGUCGGAAGAAGAACUCUCAGGAAGUUCUUCUGAUCCAGGGAGAUCCGUACCAAGCCCCAGAGCGUGUGGCCCGUCUUCACAGCCAGCUGGAACUUUACAGAGCCCAGGUAGAAUCCCUGGAGAACCCCUCAGACCAGGAAGGAGGGGCAUCAGUGCUUGAUGCCCGCUGGAAGGAGCUGCAGGACCAGCAGGAGAAGGACGCCCGGCAGCUGUCCAUCGCCAUUGCCCGCUGCUACGCUAUGAAGAACCGCCACCAUGAUGUCAUGCCUUACGACUUAAACCGGGUGGUUUUGCAGUCAGGAAAAGACGACUACAUCAACGCCAGCUUCGUGGACGGCUUGUCGCCAUACUGCCCUCGCCUGAUUGCCACUCAGGCUCCGCUCACCGGCACUGCGGCAGACUUCUGGCUGAUGGUAUACGAGCAAAAGGUCUCGCUGAUCGUCAUGCUGGUUUCAGAGCAGGAACUCGACAAGGGAAAGGUUUUACACUACUUCCCUACGGAGCGCGGCCAGCAGCUUUCUCAGGGACCAAUCACACUCAGCCUAACCACCCAGAAGAUGACACCGACACAUGUGGAGCGUAUGAUCAGUUUGCAGUACCGUGACCAAAGCCUGAAGCGGACCAUCGUCCACCUCCAGUUUACAUCCUGGCCAGAGUUGGGCCUUCCUGACUGCAAGAGCAAUUUACUGCGAUUCAUCCAGGAGGUUCAUGGACACUACCUCCACCAGAGGCCCUUACAGACUCCUGUUGUGGUGCACUGCAGCUCUGGUGUUGGACGCACCGGCGCCUUCUGUCUGCUGUACGCGGCUCUGCAGGAGCUGGAGGCAGGAAACGGCAUCCCGGACCUUCCAUCGCUGGUGAAGAAGAUGAGACAGCAGAGGAAGAACAUGCUGCAGGAGAAGUUCCACCUGAAGUUUUGCUAUGAAGCUGUGUUAAAGCACGCUGAGCAGGUCCUUCAGCGCCAUGGAAUCACUACUGCCACCUACAGCAAGAACACCAACGCUGCAGCCACAAAGCCUUACUCCAGACAAGAGUCCCAGCAGGAUCUUGUCCUUGGAGGCGACAUGCCCAUCAGCUCCAUUCAAGCAACCAUCGCCAAGCUCAGCAUCCGCCCACCCAGCGCAGACCCCACCAUGGAGGGUAGUGCCUACUGCGGGCUGGAGGAGCAGUUUGGAGCUAUGUCACCACAGCUGGACCCCAUAGGGGGCUUGCAGUUGUCACAGGAGCCCUGUCCUCCAGCAGAUUCUCAGCCUCCCUCAUCCUUAAGCCCACCUCUCACCUCUUCCACUCACUCUCCUCCACCCCCAAACGGCCUGGAUAAUCUCUCCCCAUCUACUCCACCAGCACCUAACCAUCAGCCUGCCCCAGAGUCUGUACCUUCCAUCGGUUCAUCCUCUGCUCAAGCUCUUUCAUCGCUGGAGCUUCUGGCCUCUAUGACGCCUGAGGCUUUCUCCCUGGAGGGAGGAGGUCGAGGGAAGCAGCGGGUGACCAAGCAGAACUUCCUGCAGCCAGCUGAAGGUCAGGGCAUCCAUGGAACCCGCGGCGAUGACGGCAGCGACCCGCUCAGUAGCCUGGAUCCACUCUGGAGCCUCAAUAAGCAGUGAGAGAACUCCAGACAAUCUGCAUUACUCUAUUUCCACCACCAGGUGUCAGCAGAAUGCUGGUGGGUUUUUUUUCUUUUUCCUCUAAUUCUGCUUUUAAGAAAAACACUGAAUCCUGGGAGCAUCAGAUACACUUUAGUGGUGAUUACCAAGAUGUGCCUGAAUGCCAGCAGUAAUAGAGAGAUCCCUGAAUCAAAAACACUCGCUUCUCUUUUCAUCACUGGUGGAUUCCAGGACCAGAUCACUAUGCACUUGCCUCUCUCAGAUUGUCAUUCUUUGCUGCUUUUUUUUUAUGUUUAGACAGAUGUGCACUUCCUGCUCCAACAUAUGGGCCAUCUAAAAAGUAUGCACUCCAGUUUUACAAUCCUCUCUCCAUGAGGCUGUUAAAGCAUAACAAGGCUGCUGUGAAUGUGAAGGCACGAGGUCAUUGGAACUUUUUAACAAUAUUGACUUUUUUCCCCCCUUUCUCUGUAACUCUGUAAAUAUCCUAGAUAAAGUUAGAAAAUUCCAAAGGAAAUCUUACUUUACUGGAAAAAAAAAAUCACUUAUUGUUCAUUAUUGUAAAAAUAAUCAAUAAAUUCAGUAGACAAAAUGUUGCAUCAGAGCCUCUUUAUUUGAAAAUUAGUACAAAGUUUUACUUUUAUCGUUACAAAAUAAGUUACCUCUGUUAGAACAGCCUGCGGGAGAACAACCGCGAGCAGGAAAUCAUGUUUUCUCUGUUUAAAAGGUUCGCGGCUGUUGUCCAGACGUGGAGAUGAAAUCAUGUCGACUCAUUUCUAACCAUGGUUACAGGAAAUGUUCACU